AUGAGGGUGAAGGCGCUCCUGGCCCUGCUGGGCCUGUGUGCGGGGCUGGCUGCCCCGACGCAAGGCGCUGUGCCGCAGGACUUCGACUUCACCAAGUUUUCGGGCCUCUGGUACGAGGUUGCCUUCACUUCUAAGGAGGGGGAGCUGGGCCCCCCUCACAAGCUGGAGAAGAUGGGGGGUGUGCUGAUAAAGGUGGAGGGGAAUCGCAUCUCCCUGAGCACCACCUACUUCAGCGAGGAGGGUUGUGUGCUGGAGCAGGUCCGGGCCUUCCCGGGAAAUGCUCCGGGGAAGUUCAAAGUCAUCAGAAAAUCUGGAGACAAAGAGAUUGAAAUCUUGGACACAAACUACAACUCCUACGCCAUCAUGAACAUCUCUCUGCACGUAGCCGGGGAGGUGCGGACGAUGAUGAAGCUUUACAGCCGGACUCCCGCCCACAACAAGGACUCGCUGAGCAAGUUCCACGAAGUGGCCCAGGAGCGCGGGUUCACAGGCUCAGACGUACACCGGUUUGAGCAGGACUGUGAGUAG